UCUUCCAAAUCCGUGAUAAACAGUUCAGUUUGUUUGAUGUGGGGCGGAUGACAUCAAAGAUCUUGUUGAUAAUGCCUUUUGUCAGAGUGUUGUAUGAAUCAGAAGGCAAACAGUGUGUGAGAGUGCUUCAGUGUUCUGAUUUAGGUAUGACUAGAACGUGAAACGAAAGAGACUAAUCUGUGCCUUUGAGAAGAACCAUUCCUUUGGACAAUGGAGAACGAUGCUUCCGACAAGGAACUUAUUUUACCAGCAGAACAAGACCAUGAGUCUUCGGAUGCAGAGUCUCCUGGAUGUGCUGAACAAGGCUGUUGCAGCCCAAGUCAUCCUGUCCACAGAUUUUUAGCGCUAAUGUUAAUGAGCUUGUUGGGUUUUGGUUCCUAUUUUUGCUAUGACAAUCCAGCUGCUUUGCAAGACAAUUUUAUAACAGACAUGGGUUUAACAACUUCUUCAUUUGUAUACUUAUAUUCAUUGUAUUCCUGGCCCAAUACGAUACUGUGCUUCGUUGGUGGGUUUCUAAUUGACCGAGUAUUUGGAAUUCGUCUUGGAACAGUCAUUUAUGCGGCACUUGUGGUGUUUGGACAGCUGUUGUUUGCACUUGGUGGUGUUGUAAAUGCUUUUUGGCUAAUGGAAGUAGGUCGAUUUGUGUUUGGGAUUGGAGGUGAAUCUUUGGCUGUAGCACAAAACAACUAUGCUGUCUUGUGGUUUAAAGGAAAAGAACUUAAUAUGGUUUUUGGACUACAGAUGAGUUUUGCUAGAGUUGGUUCUACAGUUAAUUUUAAUGUGAUGGAACCAUUGUAUUCCUGGGUCAAUCAGUACUACAAAGGCUAUAUGUGUAUUGGUGUUGUACUCUUCAUUGCAUCAGUAACUUGCAUAAUGUCCCUCGUCUCUGCUAUUAUUCUGGCAUACUUGGAUAGACGAGCUGAAAGGAUCCUAAAGAGAACGAUGGUCCAGGAUGGAGAAGUGGUGAGAAUAACAGAUGUCAAAGAUUUUCCUGCCAUAUUCUGGAUGAUUGCCAUUAUCUGCAUUGCAUACUAUGUGGCCAUAUUUCCUUUCAUCGCACUUGGAAAGGUAUUCUUUGAGAGGAAAUUCUCUUUUUCUCCAGAACAAGCAAAUCAAGUGAACAGCAUUCUAUAUGUAAUAUCAGCAGUUGUGGCACCAGUCUUUGGUUUAUUGGUUGACAAAGUUGGGAAAAAUGUAUUCUGGGUGUUCUUGUCAAUUCUGAUCACUAUUGGCAGUCAUGCACUUUUGGCAUUCACCUUCGUGAAUCCCUAUAUUGGUGUGUCCAUCCUUGGUCUGGCAUACUCAAUGCUUGCAAGUGCUUUAUGGCCAAUGGUUGCCCUUAUUAUCCCAGAAUAUCAAUUAGGAACUGCAUACGGAAUAGCACAGUCACUUCAGAAUUUUGGCCUGGCAACUACUACUAUAGCAGCAGGUAGAGUUGUGGAUGCUGGAGGUUACUUGCUCUUGGAAGUAUUCUUCUUGGCAUGGCUGUGUUUGUCAUUAUUAACUGCUGUUGGAAUAUGGGUGGUUGAUGCAAGCAAAAAUGGAAUACUCAACAUGACACCAUCACAAAGAGAAGUUUAUGAGAGAAACAGAUUGGCUGCUGAAGUUCUGGAACGAGAAAAGCUAUUGGCAUCUGGUUCAAUGUCAGAUAUAACUCCCCACGACUUGCUUCAGCCACAUUCGGACUUCCAUAUUCGAAAUCGUUAUUUAUCUCGAAUUGGUGCCAAUCUGCCUUCACAUUAUAAUGUGAAUCUCAAAGGACUGGCAUACAGAGCGCUGAGAUAGAAUUGAUGUACUAUGUUUGUUAUACAAGAAAAUAUUUUUGUAUUUUCAUAAAAUGAAAUGAAAUCCACAAAAAUUUUAUGGGACAUUGUGGAGAUAUUAAUUUUCAUAUUGUAUAUAAAAUAGUUUUCAUAAGAAAAAUCAGAAUUUCUGGUGUAUACAUAUCAUUCUGCAAAGAUCUCACAUCAUGCAAGAGCCUUAUUUAUUUUAUUGUGAAUAUGUUAUAAAGUAAGCUUUUUGUUAUCUUAUUGCUGUGAUACUCGGAGCGACUGCUCGUUCUAAACUAGACUUUAGGUAAAAUCCCUACCAUCCCAGUCAAUUCUGAUGACGUGUGUAAAAUUAUUUUGUAAUUAUUUUUAAUAAAAAAAUAAAACUGGUAACUUUUUGGACUUUCAGAAGUGAACGCUAAGAUAAAACACAUAGUGUAACUCGAUUAAAACUUAUGACAAGUGCUUAUUGGCAGUAUCAUAGGAUCUGUGGCGUAUGUUGAAGAAUGAAACUCAUAAGUGUAAUGUGUUGGAAGAGCAAAAUCAUCUAAACCUUUUUGCCAUGACAAAGGGUGUAUGUUGUUUGGGAAUUAUGCCUUGCUGUUUUUCUGUGCCUACUGCAAAUGGAUCACUGAAUUAAAUUUCUACUUGUACACAUUAAAAAUUUAAUGUGUUCUUUCCAGUUUCAACUGUUAAUGUGACCUCAUGAAGAAAUGCCUCUAAAGUGAACUGUUAAGUUUGUAAUUUUAUGGAUAAUAUUUUAUGUGUAGUCUUGAUAUAGAAAACAUGAGCCAGAAAUAAAAGCAUUAGAGAUAUGUGAA